AUGGAAUUUAACUAUUUGCCUAAUGGUGACUUUACCCUAACCAUUCCACCUGGUCGAGGGUUUACGAUUAAUGGAGCGUCGGGUCAAGGGUUUACCAUUACCGUUAAUUCUGCCGGACCUAGUGGAGAUGGUGGAGCCGGCGUUGGAGGAGUUCAUCCUCAUACUGGUGGAGAUGGUGGUAAACUAUAUACGAAUCCCUCCUUCCAGAAAACCCUAAAUCCAUCUCCGGUAAUGCCUAACCCUAAGGUUUUCUUUGAUAUGGCCGUGGACGGAAGACCGUUUGGUCGGAUCGUGAUGGAGCUCUUUGCCGACACGACCCCAAAGACGGCAGAGAACUUCCGGGCCCUCUGUACCGGCGAGAAAGGCAUGGGGAGGCUUGGUAAACCACUGCAUUACAAGGGAUCAAUCAUCCACCAUAUAGACCUCAAUUUUAUGUUUUGUGGAGGAGAUUUCACUGCCGGGGACGGAAGCGGAGGCGAAUCGAUCUACGGCAAUAGAUUUUUCGAGGAUGAGAACUUCAUCAGGAAGCACACCGGUCCUGGUAUCGUUUCCAUGGCCAACCGUGGUCCAGAUACCAACGAAUCUCAGUUUAUGAUCUCCAUGAUCAAGAACGAGUAUAUCGACGACAUACACGUUGUGGUCGGCCAAGUUAUUGAAGGAUUGGAUGUAAUCAAGAGCAUUGAGAAGGAGGUCAUAAUUGCUGGUAACUUCAACUUUUCCAAGCUCGUGGUGAUCGCCGACUGCGGUCAGAUUUCGUAG